AUGCCACGGUGGCGUUUGGCGACCACCCUCGAUUUGGCGAGGAUCGAGGAGCUAUCGCUUGGAGUCGAGUUCGAGCAAGGAGUCCACAACUGGCAGCUGUACUUCGAGACAUCGCCUGACACGUUUUACGUAUUGGAAAGCGAGGACUACGGCCAGGUAGUCGGUUACCUGAGUCGGAACCACAUAGGCGGCGGGGUGAUGCUGAACCAUCACAUCGUGAUGCUGCCCGAGUUCCGAAGACGGUGCGCUGUGCAGGGUUUGCUGAGACAGCUUCGCCAACAGUGGCCAGGACCAGUGGUCAGCAAUGUGAACGCAAUUGGCCUUACACUCCUCCAAAGCUACCUCGAGCACAACCGUAUCUUCUACGGACCUCGCUUCAUAGGUUACUACGGCUUUCUACCAGACGUCUUCCCGUCACACCUGCUAAACGGAAGCAGCAGCUGCAAAAAC